AUGGCCUGUGAUAUUAAGAGUAUUAUCGACUACCAAAGAUAUCCAAUUGCUGAGUUUGAGAGCCACAUUCUCCGGGAAAUUAUAAGCAGUGCUAAAAGCGAACUAAAGGGAAACGGCAUCGCCUUUUUGCCGGGCUUUCUGCUUCCUUGGGCUAUUCGCCAAACAAUCCUAGAAGCAGAAGAAGCCUUACCAGAUGCAUUUUGUAAAACAAUCGAUCACACUGUCUAUCUUGAGGAAUGUCAAGAUCCUCUCCUCGAGAAUGAUCACGCGAGGAACAUUUUGUGUCGAUCUUCAAAAUGUUGCGUUACCCGCGACCAAAUCAAGACAAACUCGCCGCUAAUUCAGCUUUAUAUGUCACCGGAGAUGACAGAGUUCGUUAGAGUUCUUCUUGACAGGGACGUGCUCUACCGAACGGCUGAUCCCCUUGGAGACUUAAAUGUGCACGUCUACAGAGAAAAUGAUCAGCUGGAUUGGCAUUUUGACCGUGGGCAGUUCGCUGUGACAUCCCUCCUUCAAGCACCAGAGGGUGGGGGACGUUUUCAAUACAUUCCAUUAACAAGAUCAGAUGGAAAUGAAAACUAUGACUUGGUCAAGCAAGUGCUACUGGCUUCUAAAGCUGGACAAGAUCUGUCUGCUCUUGGGGUGAAAGAAGCUGACCUUCAGCCAGGAACACUAGUCAUAAUCUGUGGGCAUAACUCAAUGCAUCGCGUUACCCCUAUCGAGGGAAAAAAGUCCAGGAUCACAGCUGUGUUAUCUUAUGAAAAGAAACCCGACAUUCACUUAAAUGAAUACACUAGAAUGAAAUUCUGUGGGCGCUUGAAAUAAAUCUACUGACAGAAUAAUUGUAGGUACACUUGUAAGUAGAGAUUUUGUAGUCCAUUAAUC